AUGGAGCCAACUUUUAAAGUACAAGCUCCAUCCCAGCCAUACCAAUAUUCUCGUCGAAAUGCAGGUUAUAAAACCGCAAGAAAACAAGUCCAUCCCCCUCAAAAUAGAAUUUAUCAAAAUCCAAGAUUCAAAAAUCAAUCAGCAAGAAACAGAGCUCCUCUAGAAUUAUCACCAGUUGUUAAAGGAGCACCCAUUACUCCUGGCGAAGCCCUUGUCAGAUAUAAACACUUCUUAAAUGAGUUUGAAAUUCAAGAAAUAACAAGCUUCCCUGAGAUAUACUUUGUCGGCAAACGCAACAGAAAGAUCAUUCCUGACUUUAAUGAUGAAAAUAACUAUGGCUACGAUAACGAAUCACACAAUUAUAACUUAAUUGCAGGAGAUCAUUUAGCUUACAGAUUCGAGAUUCUUGCACUAUUUGGCGCUGGUGCUUUUGGACAAGUAGCAAAAUGUUAUGAUCAUAAGACAAUGCAGUGUGUUGCCAUAAAAAUCAUCGUAAACACAGAGCAAAUGCAUGAGCAAGGACGUAUUGAAGCACAGAUUCUUGCCCGCCUAAACAAAAAUGAAGUCAAAAACGUUGUUAAAGCAAACGAUUUCUUCAUUUUUAGAUCUCAUAUUUGCAUUACGUUUGAAAUAUUGUCAAAGAACCUUUACGAAGUAAUCGAAGCCUCAAACUUCGAGCCAAUGUCGCCAAAAUUGGUUCGUCUUUAUGCAGUUCAGAUAUUAACAGCUUUGGAACAAUCUCAUAAGCUUGGAAUCGUACAUUGUGACUUGAAACCAGAAAAUGUUCUUUUAGUUAAAGAGCAUUCAACAUCGGUUAAGCUUAUUGACUUUGGUUCCAGUUGUUUUGUUGAUCAUCAAAUGUAUGAGUAUAUUCAAAGUAGAUACUAUAGAGCCCCUGAAGUCAUGCUUGGUAUAAAAUACGGUCCUCCAAUGGAUAUGUGGAGUUUUGCUUUAAUUAUUGUUGAAUUAUUAACUGGAACUCCACUGUUUCCGGGUCAGAACGAAGAAGAACAGUUAUGGAUGAUAUCACAGCUCAUUGGAAUGCCUCCUAGAGAAUUAGUUGUUAUCGGUAAAAGAAGAGAAGAAUUUUUUGAUAAAAGUUUGAGACUUUUAAAGGAACAAACUAAAAAAGAAUAUAUGCCUAACUCAAUGGACCUUGCUCAAGUUCUCAAGACUGACGAUAUGAGACUUGUUGACUUUAUAAUGAAAUUAUUAACUUGGGAUCAAAGAAUGAGAAUGACAGCUGCAGAAGCACUUCAACACCCUUGGAUAAGAUCAUUUGAAGUUCAACCUUCUACAAAGACUUCAUCAUCUAUACUUCCAGAUUUGAAAUAA